AUGUCAAUCAAGGCUGGAAAAGGAUCAUCGGAUUCAAAUGUCAAAGAGCACUUCUGCCGCCGAUUCAAGCAAGAGGAAACCUCGCUCCAAGAGCAGAUGAACCGCUUGAAGGAAACCGCCCUACAGCCAGUCGAGCGAGUGAACAUAACGGAUCAAUGUCUAGCCAGCAUAUCCCAGCUUUCCAAUGAGGUCAAGGAUGCCUCAGCUUAUCUCCCAGCCUACGACCAACGCACUUAUUCUACGGCGGUCAGGUCUCUUGAUGAAGAAUUACAGGGAAUACGCAAUGCUUCUGCUCCGAAGCGCAGGUUUGCAUUUAAGAAAAACGUUGCGCAGAAAAAUUCCGCCAACUCUAGCAAUGAACCUUCGGAAGACUUCUCAGGCCAAAGCCGGGCAGCUACUGGCGACAGUGCUAAGAUAGCUUUCUUGAACGAGCCUGAUUACGAUAGUAGCGACCAGAAAGGAAACCAGGACAGUCUCGAUGCUGGGCCCGUUUCAGGGGCUGCAGGUGCUAUCACGAUCACAUCACUUUCAUCCACUCAUCACAGACUCGAAUCUGCUUCUUCAGAACCGGGCUCAUCGAUAUCAAUCACAAAAAUUGACCACAGCGCCGUCGACCUCUCCGACUCAUUAUCAAGACCCUUUGCAACGCUAGCCAUCAAUUCUGUGACCGAAAGUCUCAUAAUCUGCGGCAGAACCAGUGGCGCCGCGCAUAUCACAGGCGUCGAGAACAGCACUCUGAUCGUUUGGAGUCGUCAAAUGCGUAUGCAUGAGUGCAAGAGCUGUCUUGUGUAUUUGCGUUGCGGCAGUAGACCGAUCAUCGAAGACUGCAAGGGUAUACGGUUCACGCCGUUUCAGCCCGUCUAUAAUACCACUGAAUCAUCACGGCCAAAGUCUCCAAAUAUGUGGGAUCAAGUCGAUGAUUUUAAGUGGCUGAGAGCGGAGCAUAGUCCGAAUUGGAGUACGUUGCAGCCAGGUGAUGAAGGUACAAUAGGGAGCGGGCCAUGGGAGGCCAUCAAAUCGUUCAUUUCCACUGGGUGUACCCUCCCGGAGCUUGAUGACUUGCUCAGAGCUGCGAAGGUGAUAUGA